AUGUGUUUCCAAUUCAAAUUCUCAUCCAUCUGCUUUCACAUCUUCUCGCUCAUUAACUCCUCCACUACCACUUAUCUACUCCACCCCUCCUCUCUUCUAGGUGGGGCUUUGUCCUCUGAACCCCAGUGUCUUGCUUCCCUUGGCAGCCUGUUAGAUGAUCGUCACUGGCAUCAUGUCGCAGUGGAGCGGCAGAGUUCCCACCUCAACCUCACUGUGGACAAACACAGUGAGACAAUUCAAAUCCCUGCAAUUUUCAGUCACUGGGACAUAGAACAGCUGAGUGUGGGGGCAUCCCUGAGUCUCAACCCUCUGAGACUGCUCGACUCCAAGAGGAACUUCCACGGCUGCCUGGAAAACCUGCUGUACAACGGCCUGAACUUGAUAGAGCGAGCUAAACACAAGAACCAACAAGUUACUCUCUUGGGCAAUGUGACCUUUUCUUGUGCUGAGCCAGUUUCCGUCGCCGCAACGUUUCCCGGCCCCCAGAGCUUUCUCCAGUUGCCGGUGGUAGCAACAUCCGACUCAGAGGGCGUGUCCGUGGGGUUUCAGUUCAGGACGUGGAACAACGCGGGGCUUCUGGUCACCUUUGCCAUUCCUAACGAGGGCGGCGUAGUCUGGUUGUACCUGAGUGAGUCUAGACUGCGGCUACAGAUUCAUAAGACUGGCAGGGCCGUGCUGGAGCUGAGUGCAGGUUCAGCUCUGAACGACGGUCAGUGGCAUUCAGUGGAUUUCACCUCUGGACGAGGACGCGUGGCUAUCGCUGUCGAUGAAGGAGGGGGAGGUGUCGCUCACUCCAGCCCCUCGUUUCCUGUCGCCAUAAGACAUCAGCUCUUUUUUGGGGGUUGUCCCGCUGAACACUACAAUCAGGAAUGUAGAAACCCUUUUGACACCUUCCAAGGCUGCAUGCGUCUCCUCACUGUGGACGACCAGCCAGUGGACUUGAUCCUGGUCCAGCAACGGCUGCUGGGAAACUACAGCUACCUGCAGAUCGACAUGUGUGGCAUCAUUGACAGGUGUUCUCCCAAUCGGUGUGAACAUGGAGGCCACUGCAGCCAAUCGUGGACUGUCUUCCACUGUAACUGCUCUGACAGCGGCUACAGCGGAGCAACCUGCCACAGCUCUGUGCACGAACAGUCCUGCGAGGCCUACAAGCACAACGGCAACACGUCGGGGCUUUUUUACAUCGAUGUGGACGGCAGCGGACCAAUCAAACCUCAGCUGGUCUACUGCAACAUGACAGAGGAGAACACAUGGAUGGUGGUCCAGCACAACAACACAGAGCUGACCAGAGUCCAACCCUCUCCAGGUGUGAACCAGCAUGCGGUUCACUUUGACUACUCGUCUCUUGAGGAACAACUGUCGGCCAUGAUCAGCCAAUCACAGCACUGCGAACAGGAACUGUCCUAUCACUGCAGGAAGUCCCGCCUCCUCAACACCCCAGAGGGUUCUCCGUUCAGCUGGUGGUUUGGGGGUCCCGGCACCGGUCGUCUCCAGACUUACUGGGGUGGAGCUCAACCAGGCAGCCAACAGUGUGCCUGUGGCCUGCAGGGCGACUGUGUGGACACACAUCACUACUGCAACUGUGACGCCGACCGCACUGAGUGGGCUGAGGACUCGGGCUUGCUCACCUAUAAGGAGAGCCUCCCUGUUAGGUCUCUGGUGUUGGGUGACAUCCAGAGGCCGGGGUCAGAAGCUGCCUACAGGGUGGGACCUCUCCGUUGUCAUGGAGACAAGAGCUUCUGGAACGCCGCGUUUUUCGACAAGGAGACGUCGUACCUCCACUUUCCCACCUUCCACGGCGAGCUGAGUGCAGACAUCUCCUUCCUCUUCAAAACCACAGCCUCCUCCGGUGUGUUCCUGGAGAACCUUGGCAUCAAAGACUUCAUCCGCAUCGAACUGAGGUCCUCCACUCAGGUGGUUUUCUCAUUCGAUGUGGGCAACGGGCCGCUGGAGGUCCACGCGGAGUCAAACGUCUCACUGAACGACAACCGGUGGCAUCGUAUCCGAGCGGAGCGGAAUGUCAAGGAGGCGUCGCUUCGAUUGGACGAGCUUCCCGCCGCCGCUCAGGAAGCGCCCACUGACGGACACUUCCACCUGCAGCUCAACAGCCAGCUCUUCAUAGGAGGCACAGCGUCCAGGCAGAAGGGCUUCAGAGGCUGUAUUCGCUCUCUGCAGCUGAACGGCGUCACCCUGGACCUGGAGGAGAGGGCCAAGAUCACACCCGGGGUGCGACCAGGCUGCCCGGGUCACUGCAGCAGCUACGGCUCGCUCUGCCAGAACCAGGGCCGCUGUGUGGAGAGAGCCAACGGCUUCCACUGUGACUGUGGCCAGUCUGCCCACACCGGAGUCUUCUGUCAAACAGAGGUGUCGGCGUCCUUCAAGUCUGCCACGUCUGUCAGCUACACCUUCAAGGAGCCGUACGAGUUCAUGAGGAACAGCAGCGCUCUGCCGUCCUCCAUCUACUCUGACAUGACACUGAGAGGAGAGAACGUCUCCCUGAGCUUCAGGACCAACCAGAGUCCGGCUCUGCUGCUCUACAUCAGCUCGUAUUACAGGGAGUACAUGGCCCUGAUCAUUAACAAGCACGAUGAGCUGGAGGUGAGGUACAAGCUGGACAGCAGCAGAGACGCAGAGGUGUUGAGGAGCAGAGUGAAAAGUCUGGCCAACGGACAACUACACACCGUUACUGUCAGGAGACUGAGCGACUCUGUGUCUGUGCAGGUUAACCAGGAUGACGGAGAGGAUUUCAACCUAACAUCUGAUGGAGAAUUCAAUGCCAUUAAGUCUCUGGUUCUGGGGAGAAUACAGGACUAUGAUGAGUUGGACUCAGAUUUGGCACAGCUGGGAUCUCUUGGAUUCACCGGCUGUCUCUCAGUCGUCCGUUUCAACUCCAUCAGCCCUCUGAAAGCUGCUCUGCUCCACCCGGACACCAGCCCGGUUGUCAUCAGCGGACCUUUGGUCCAGUCCACCUGUGGUUCCUCGACUUCAGCCGAUCCAUACGCAGCCGAGAACAAACGCCACCUGUCAGACCAGUCUGGUUCAGUGGGUUCAGGUCAACCUUUAGUCAAUGCCAUGAGGACUGACUCAGCUCUGAUCGGAGGUGUGAUAGCCGUGGUGAUCUUCGUGGUUGCGACCGGCCUGGCGAUCACCGCCAGAUUCUUGUACCGGCGAAAAGGGACGUAUCGGAAUCGGGAAGUGAAGGGAGUCAAACAGGAGGACAGUCCAGAUUUUCCUUUCAACAACCAGACUGACUCCCAGAGAGUGUCCUGUGAAAACCAGAAGGAGUAUUUCAUCUAAGUGCAGGGGGCGAGGACCUGGCAACCUGAUGAACCUGAAGCAGAGGAUUCAGACGGGGUUUGUCCACGUCACACUGCACUAAGAGAGACGCUGGAUACUUCACUGACAGCUUUAAAUUAGGAGAGAAAAUAGAAAGAAAAUGGGUCUUUUUCUGGAUAUUGUGUAUAUAUUGAUACGAACAGGCAACACAACUGGACUCAUGAGGUCUUGAUAGUCCUUGUAAAUAUGAACUGUAAAUAUGAAAAACCAGCUGGCGUCUCGUCCACGUCACUGUCAAAUUUACUGGAAAACUCGUUUGGUUUUGUACAUUAUUCCAAGCACAACUUUGUUUCCUGUUUCCGGUGACAUGGGGGGCAAAGCGAGUCAUUUUACUGCAGCCCUGACACAAGGGUCAUGGUUGGACACCUGUUCUCUCCACCCAAUGCCACGAGCUCGCUUCAUUUUGGUCUAAAGGGAUCCCUCGGGUUCCCUUUUUGCCGGGAGCCCCCUACAGUCUCUUUUAUUAUUAUAAUAACCUUUAUUUAACCAGGAAUAAAAAAACUCAUUGAAUCUCUUUUAUAAGAGUGUCUUGGUCAAGACAGGCAGCAGUACAUAUACAACCACUCAAACAUACACAAACAAAAUAAAUAUUCAUAAAAAAAAUACUUAAAAUACACAGGGUGUGUGAUUUAAACUCACAAUCAGGAAAUGAUUCAAUGAAAUCAAACUGCAUUUAGGCAAAACGUCUGCAGCCAUUUGAUUCUGCCUCCAAUUCAUUUAAAAAAUAUUUAAAAAAUGUCCAAUCAGACCAGAUUUUUCAGUUUCAGACGCUCUUGUAGUUUGUUCCAGGAACUGUACCUUGGAAGUGACAACACGUCGAGGACAUGACGUGCUUCUAAUGUCCCUGAUCAUUGUGCUCGGAAACGUCACUGGAGUCAUUUUGCUGAUGGACUUUUCUGUAAGGAUGAACCAAGUCCAACUAAGCGUAACCAUGCAGGAGUAAUCGGACUAUGAAUUGUAUUAUCCAGACUUUUCAAUAGCUUUGAUUGAUUUUUCCAAUUUAUUUCCAUUGUUCUUCUCUCCUCUUACUGCACUUCUUUCUUUUUCUUGUAAUAGGAAAGCACAAGAAAAGCAGAUUGGGGGGAAAAAAAACAUCCAUGAGCAUUUAACUUUGUUAGAUCCACUCCAGUUUUCAAUUCCAAACUCCAGUUUCUUUUCUUGUCCCUGAAGCGUGCAACUGCUGGAAACAACCUGCCAGCUUUCUAUAGGUGGAUUUGAAUCAUGAAGAAAAGGAUUCUUUGAUUCUUCAAAUACGCAUAUUAGAUAGAAAGAUGCAGGCUCCCCUUUGUGGAACUUGAAAAUAAAUCACUAGGACUCAUGUAAGCGAGUGAGGCAACACUUAAAAGCCACUCAGGCCACAUGAAAUUUUAAUGAUUUUCCCCCUUCACAAUUAUCGCAAUCACAGAAAUGGAACUAAAUGCUACUGAUCGCGAAAAAAUUGCACAUGGUUUAUUCCUGCUUAGCAUAAACGAGCCUGAAUGUCCCUGAAGCUUUUAGCAGCUCAGGCUGCUGUAACUCAGUGUCUGUCUGUCACCUCCAUCACGACGUGCAGAGAUGGUUAAUGUGCUUUUGAAAUGCUAAUCCACCUCAGUCUGACAGGUGGAUUGUGACUCGGUAGAAAGCAGCAACGUGAUCAAAAUGAGACUGGGAGAUGAUCCAAGAGGCAGAGUGUCGAGCAGACGUAAAGUGUAUUGAAAACAUGUAAGAUAAGUCGCCGGGAUGAAGCGAAUGCCGCCGCGUGUUAAUUCAGUUCGCGCGUAAAGAGCAGAAAGAGGAUCGACAGCAGCUGUUCAUCAAGUAUUCCUUCAAUGUUUCUCCAAAGAGAUGAUGGGAUUUUAAUGGAAAAAAGAUGUUUGAAUUUUAAAGUGCAUCCGUCAUCCCUUUGUUUUUGUUGUCUUUUAAAAGUAAUCAUUUUCUCUUGAGAAGCUGCUGUGGUUUAAAAAAGUGACUUCACUUGUUAUUGUACUUUAGCUUUACCAAAAAUGAAAACCCCUAUGAUGUUUUUCAUCUACAGAUUCCACCGGCAACUGUGUCAUUCACUCUCAUUUAGUUCAUGUUUUUACACAGCGUUUUUUUCCUUUGAAAAUGCCAGAAAACACUUUUAAAUCCUGCAUUCAUGUUUAUGGGAUUCAGAAAGAGCACGUUGUUUAUAGUUUGUAACAUAACGACAAAUAUAGAUGUUACAACUGAGGUGUAAGGUGAUUCUCUUCUUGAAAUCCUUGAGCGUUUGUGAACGUCGCCCCUUUCAUUGAAAGAGCUUGGUGUGUAUUUCCUGCACCUCAAGAGCUGUAAAGGUUACAACAUAAAUGCUCUUUUAAAAUCUGGCAGUUCUCAAUGAUUUAUGAUAAUAGGUCUGAGUCCUGGGAGCUAUAACAUGCAUUUCACAUUUUCAAAAAGUGGUUUACGACACAAAUAAAGAAGUUUUUUCUGGUCUGUGAA